GAAGCAGUUCUGCGCUCCGCCCCGCGGCGGCCGCGCGCGGAACGACUUCCGGCGGGGAGUGCGCGGGGUCGCGGAGGGCCGGCUCCUGCGGCUGCGACGGGAUGACCACUCUCCGGGCUUUCACGUGCGACGACCUGUUCCGCUUCAACAAUAUUAACUUGGAUCCACUUACAGAAACUUACAGUCACCCACCCGCCUCACCCUCAGCCGUAAGCAUAGCUGUGUGCAGCAGAAAGCACUGGCUUCAGCAGGAUGGGCUGUUUCUGUCUGAUGUGAACAAAGUCUGGAGAGGACGAGCAGUCCACGGUGGUUCUGUGAUGUCACCAGCGACCAGGCUCGUCCAUCCCUGGUGGCUUUGGCUUCCUGCCCAGGUGGCUCCCAGAUCCCACAGCAUCACAUCCUUGAUCCUGGAGGAGGACUGGUCAACAGAGGGGAAGUACCUCGCCCAUUGGCCAGAGUACUUCAUCGUUGCAGAGGCGCCCGGUGGAGAGUUAAUGGGUUAUAUCAUGGGGAAGGCAGAAGGCUCGGUGGCAAGGGAAGAAUGGCACGGGCACGUCACAGCUCUUUCUGUUGCCCCAGAAUUUCGACGCCUUGGCUUGGCUGCUAAACUUAUGGAGUUAUUAGAGGAGAUAUCUGAAAGAAAGGGUGGAUUUUUUGUCGACCUCUUUGUGAGAGUGUCUAACCAAGUUGCAGUCAACAUGUACAAGCAGCUGGGCUACAGCGUGUACAGGACCGUGAUAGAGUACUACUCGGCCAGCAACGGGGAGCCCGACGAGGAUGCUUAUGAUAUGAGAAAAGCACUUUCCAGGGACACUGAGAAGAAAUCCAUCAUACCACUACCUCAUCCUGUGAGGCCUGAAGACAUUGAAUAACCAUAAGCAGUGGUUCUUAGGCUGAUGAUGCUCCAGAUAGUUUAUGGACAAUAUUAUUUUCAUUAGAUGAUCCUGGAGCUCUAUUAGGAGAAAAGGGAAUUGUUUAGAUCUUAAAGAUUUUAAGAAAAUACAAGUUUAUAGAACGCUUUAAAUCUCGUUUCCAGUUAGCAAUAUCAUACCUCCUAAAGCUGUUCACUAUAAUAAAGUUCAACCAAAAAGGCAGCUAGGGCAGAAGGGAACAUUCCACUGUCAUAAUAUUCACAAUAUGCUAGAGAAAAAGCUCACUCCAGUCUCCUAAUUCUGUGCCUGAGAACCACUGCUACAUAGAUAUAUUUUGUAUUGAACUGUUCAUUGAAGCUUUAAAAGCAUUUAUGAAAUAUAUAAAUCUAAGCUGUAAAAUAAAAUGCAUUGUUGACUAUAAA